AUGAGCACCGUCAGUAGAAAAAGCCUCCCGCUGCCUGCCCCGACCGAAACCGACGAGACAGAAACGCCCACGGAGCUUACCGCCGACAUCUCCAGGCUUGGUGACGAGAAAUCGGGCUACUCCAUGGCCGACGACAGCACCGCUCCAAUCUCCAGUCGCGCUCGCGGGCACAGAAGCCACCGGUCUCAGACAUCGCUAUUGAUCGAGUACUUUGAAGGCAGCAGGACAGGGAGCUCGACCAGUCGUAAACCCAGCGUGCGAGUGCGGCUCACCCCCUCUACCUCCAAAAGGGGCAAGAGCAAUCACAAUAUCCAAGUGACGGAGACAAAAACUUCCCGCAAAGGUUCGCUGACUCGACGGAUUCCCUUGGACGAUGGCGUCCCAUCCCGCGAGCACGAAUUGCUCGGAGCCGACGAUGGCCAUAGCGUGACGUCGUAUGCUUCGGCCACCGAGGAAUCCACUGUCUCACGAAACCCCAUCGAUAUAGAGAUUACCCAGGGCCAACAGCAGCAGCAGCAACGACGGCGCCGCCCUGCCAGCCCACUGAUUCCAAAUAAUGAGAGAGAAUCCUCCUAUCCGCCAGGAAAUGGCUCUGAAAUCUCAGCCAUCCCCACAGACAGCUUCCUGGAUGGCUCUCCUGGACGCGAACUGGGCUCGGGAGAGCAUCUCGAAGAGACUAUAGAGGAUCCCAAGGCUACCAAAACUAAAUCAAAAGACCGCUCCUCCAAGGUUUCAUCAGACAAGCCCAAGGAGAAGGGAGAACGCAAGCGGCGGUCAAAGAGUCGGGCUGGAAGCAUCAGUGAACCUCCGCCCGAGGAGAUCUACACGUCGUCACGACGUCGCUCCAGCCGAAGCCGUAACCCGGAACCACCAGCGCCUCAAUUUUCUGCUGUUGACUCGAGUGUCUUGUCAUCAAACUUGGCCCCAAGCCAUCGCUCCAUGGAUACUCGCUCUAUGCGUUCUGGCGCAUCGAAAUCUUCAAUCAACAACCCCAAGUUGCUCGAGACGGUUGAAGAUGCUAUCCGAAGAUUGAUUUUGCCAGAGUUGAGCGCUCUUAAGCGAGAACAGAGCAAACGAGAAGGCCGACGUGCGUCCUUUUCUUCAUCCGCCUCAAGGGAAGAUAUUGCAUUGGACCGCAGGCGGUCUGCAAGUCAAAAGCCCGAGUCAAGCAGAGAUAAGGACGGCGCGAAAGAGAGUUCCAGGCACAAAGAAAGACGAAACCGUGAAGCUCGUCACGACUACGAUGACCUGUCGGUGCACAGCCCUAGCCGAGAUUCUCUCGAUACGGAUUUCCGCGCUCAUGAUGAUGGCAACACUCCAAAGAGAAGCAGUUUGGCCAAGGCAGCACUCGCUGGCGCGACUGGCGCAGCAGCAGCCAAGGCUUUGUCCGGCACAGCAGACGAUGUAUCUGAAACUGGGGGUGAAAAGAGGCAUCGUGAGAGGCGCAGAAGAAGGAACGAAUCCCGAGCCAGGAGCCAAAGUCUCGGCCGUGAACGAUACGCGGAAGAAUAUGAUGAUGAGGAAGAGUUGCCGCCAGCACCACCAAUGCCCCUCAUGAGCGAGAUCAACCCCUCAGAAAUGACGCGGACCUCGAUAUUGUCAGCAGAAUCUGAUGGGCCACACUCAGCCACGGAAGAAAUCGCCCCAUUGGCGAGUCAACAGAGAGACAUCCCUUCGGCUUCGUCAACACCCACUCCUUCUAGAGCAUCUGUAGACAUACCCCAAGUACUAGGCAGGACUCAUGCCAAUGUGUCACAGGGCGACCUUACUGCUCUGCCACGUGGCAAGAAGGAAUACAAUCAAAGCCUGGAGUAUGAUACGGACGAGUUCGGAAAUAAGAUUCCCAUCGGCAAUUUCAACUACGAUGGAGAUCCUCGCGAUAUUGACCAGGGCGAAGACCCAGACGAUGGCUACGAUGAUGGCUAUUACAAUACGCAGGACGUUCCUCCGCCUCUGAGAUAUGUCCCGUACCAGGCGGGCCUACGUGGCUUGAGCCCAAUACCCAGCGUGUCUGGCUUCACAGAGGCUGAUGGAGAAACGCCAAAUAGGAAUUCACGCGGCGACGCCUAUGGAUCCAUCAAGUCUCAUCACUCACUGCAAUCACUUGACUCUGUCCCUGGUAACGUUAAUGGGGGCCAAAGAGGCACUGCCUACUCUGAAGAUUCUCAGAUGGGACAGACGGCUGCAGGAAAGGCUGUCCGACCUAUUGCUGCUAACCCAAAUAUCAUUCAUCCCACCAUUGCGGCCGAAUCUGCCGUUGCCUCCCUGAUUGAUGGGUCAAUGCUUGACCAAUCCGUCCUAACUGGCGUCUAUAGCGGUGCGGGAGAUUCCAAUCUCUCAUAUGAUGACCGACUUAAGCUUCAAAGCAGCCGGGGUGCUAGCCCGGAUAAGCGUUCUGGCCUUGAUCACCAAGAAUAUGACGACGAUCGUCAACCAACUCCUGGACAGUCUCAUGGAUACAUGGAAUAUGAGCUUGAUGAGAAUGGACGAAAGGUGCCUCGCACAAAGUAUCGCCAGUCCCCCACAUCGUCUGAAGCUGCCAUCACCGCAGGCGCCGUUGGUGCUGCCGCUGCCGCUCUAAAGGCCGCUCAAGAGAGAAAGCAAGCCACCGUUGAGGAUGCUACCGACGAGAACUACGAACCUGCCGGCGUGUUCCGCAACAAAUCAUUCAAAGAGCGUGCUAUGGAAGGCUGGAAGCCACGAAACACCCCCACUCAUAGCUUGGACAGACUUGAUUAUGAGGCUGCGCCCCAGUUGGACGCUAGCAGUGUUCCCGAUCAAAAUAACCCAAUGCCUGAAAUUGGCUACAUUGACUCAGAGUUGCAAACCAACCCAUCGAUACUAAACGAAGACAUUGCCCCUGGUAUGUGGUCUGGCAAGGCCACGCCUACAGAAUAUGGCCAGGUCAUUCCCAGGUCAAAGUCUGAUGAGGAAAUGAGAGAUGCUCACCUCAACGAUGCUGCCCAUCUCAGCCGAGAGCCGAGUGGAGAAGUUGACGAGUGGCGGAGAACGUCUGCUGAGCGGAAGCGUGACACUCUACUCACCAACCCGUAUGAGGAUGCCAGCCCCAUUGUCAACCCCGAGCUUAACGAUAACCUUCUGGGCUCUCGCGGCCUGGGUUUCAGCACGGGCAGCCCUGGGUUCAAAUAUGAUGAAGGAUACAUGUCUAAUGGACCUAAUCGAACCCCCGACGCCGAACCCAAGGGCAAGGCUAUCAAUCUCGCGGGUCCGUCCAAGUUUAUGGGAGGCGAAGAUCCAUUCUACGGAUCUCAGGGCAACCGCGCUCUUAGCGGCAUGUCUCAAGGCAUGGCUUCUCCGUUUUACGAUGCUUCCACGGGUGGAGGAAUCGACCGCAUUGAGAACAAGGAUAUUGUUGCCUUGAUGCAGCACCUCAUGGUCCGCGAUGCCCAGCGAAGUGCCCGUGACACAGAAAUUGUUGCUCUCCUUAUGAAUGCUGCCAUUGAGAUGCGCAAUUCCUUCCGUGACUUGAAGGAGCUGGUUCAAGAUACCGGAGAUGAUGUCAUCUUCGCCAACUCUGAAAACACCGAAAAGCUUCAAAAGGCUAUCAACGGACCAAGACCUUAUCCUGGCCCUCGCUCUGUGCAAAGCGCCUCAGUUGCCACUGUGGAUGAUAUUGCAGUGAAGAAGAAGAACUUGUGGAAACGCGCUCUCCAGGGCCUUAGUGCCAAGGGCACAAGCGAUCUCACUCGCAUCGAAGACAUGCUGAUGCAGCUUCUCGGAGAGGUUGACGUUCUCAAGACUCAGACAGCCCCGCCCAUCUCUGCUAGAGUCUCUACCAGCGGUGCAGGACAGUCAUUUGACAAUCUGCAGCCGGAGGGGCAGUACGAGCAUGACAAGGGCUACGAACCCGAAGGCAACUCGACCACCAGCCAUGGCAGCCAGUCCCAAUCCCAGGGGCAGCGUAAGUUCUCCGAUCAUCGCAUCGACACAGUGCCCGAGCACGAGGAUGAGUAUGAGUAUGAUCACCCUACUCCGACGGCAGAGCGAACUCAAAUCAUUCCUCCGAUGAGCCCCAUGGAUCGCGAGAUGCAACGUAGCGGCUCUGUCCCUCCAGACGGCGCACAACAGGUCUCUGACCAGGGCUACCACCAGCCGCUCAGCGCCGACAACACCCCCCCUCGGAGCGACAAGGGACGAAAGGGCAAGUCAAGUAGCACCAGUUGGUUGCCUAAGAUCUCCCGCUGGUCUGGAACGACAGCGUCUACCGUAAGCAAGGCGCUGCGCGGCAACACCAAGAAGGACGCCAAGAAUGAGGACAUGCUGCAAUCUCGAUCAGGAUCAAGCAUGGCUUCGCGUGAUGAUCUCUAUCCUCUCGACACCUAUGGUGACGACAGACUUCCGGGAGGAUUUCCCGAGGCACGCCUGGCACCGCCACACGAGAUUCAUCACGAAUCAUCAGCGCCUAUUGUGCCGAAUUUCACCACACCAGAAGAUCCGAAAUACAAGGCGCACCGCAACUCGCUCAACCUCAUGCACCCUCAGCCAAGAACAGGACAGACAGAGCGAUUCCGAACCGCGUUGGAACAUUCUGCUCAAGAUUUCGAUGCUCCGGCGACACCCAGAUCUGCUGAUUGGGGUGGCUCAGUGAACAGCCUUGGCCGUCUCAAUGGCAACACAAAUGAGCGAUAUGGAAACGAGGGUGGUGAUUACUGGCCCGCUGCUCUGCAGCAACAAGGCUCUGCCCCAGCCCGGCCACCCAAGGAGCCCAUGAACGGCUCAGCUCAGCAGACAUCACCCCGAUCUACACGGAUUUCAGCGCUGCAGAAGGGCAGCCCCUUGGGCCCUCAAGGCUACGAAAGCGGCUACGGCAGUGGCACCGGCACUCACCCCAGCCAAUACAACAGCACCAGCCCCAAGCCUGAGAAUAAGAACUUGAACGCUGCCCUUGGCAUCCCAUCGCGCAGGCCCAGCGGCCCUCGAGCAAUGACUCCCAAGAGCCCAGAUGACGUGGCAAGAGAGGAGAGGCGACGAAAGAGAGACACGUUUGGCAGCAUUGCAAGCCACGUUAGUCAGGCCAGCCAAGAAACGGACACAUUCUAG